AUGUUACAUCGUCUAUAUAGUCAAUUAGUGCCUUUGGGUCGGGUUUUGGCGGCUGGAGUUGAAUUGGCAGUAGAUUGUCCGAUUUUUGUCUAUCAACGUGGAAGUGAUAAGAAAGUGCCUAUUCCUGGUAAUAAGCAAGAUAAGGCUGGUUAUUAUCCUCGUCGGAUUAUUGAAAGUUUAUCUGGAUUACGUCGGAAUAAACAUGUGAUAGCUACGGGGUUGUAUUGUCGGUUGUACGAAGGUUCGACUUGGCUGGAUAUUUAUACAGUAAUUGGUGAGUCUGGAAUUUAUCAAUUAUUUGAUGAUUAUUAUGUUUUUGAAAAGAUAGGUGAAAAUGAUAUAAUCAGUUAUUUAGGAGGAAUUUCAGAAAUUAUUUCCCAAUUAGGAAAAAAACCAAAAGCUAAAUAUUUAGGAAUAGUUAAGCAAUUAGAGAUAGAUACGGUUGACAUAGAAGAUAUAUUUAGGUUAAGUGAGAUAAGUAUGACUGGAGAUAGGAUAAGGAGUAGAGGUGAGAUGGAGAUAAGUAAGGGUGAGAUGGAGAUAAGUAAGAGUGAGAUAGAGAUAAGUAUGACUGGAGAUGAGGUAAGUAAGGGUGACAGUUGGGGUGAAGUUAUGGAUAUGGUGGUUAAGGGAGUGAGAAAGACUAGUUUACAUUCCUUGGUGCGGGCUUAUAUGAAGAAGCAAGGAUUAGUAAAGGGGAAAAGAGUGGUGUUAAGUAUUAAAGAUUGUGAGUUGAGUUUAGGAAGAGUGGCUCAAAUGCUUUAUUGGGCUGUGCGUAGAGUGUUUAAGCCUUUGAUUUCGGAUGGGAAUUUAGUGCUAAUUAAGAAACGGAUUUGGGAGUUCUUGCAUCAGAAUGAGGAGUGUUUGCUAGGAGACUUAUUCACUGGGAUAUCUACUAAAGUACCUGGUCGACCGAGAAAGGGAGUAAGUUUGGUGGAGCAGAAGACUUAUCGCCAUUUGCUUUUUUGUGCUGUUGAGUUUAUCUUUGUAGCUUAUAUUCCUUAUCUUCUUUAUCGACAUUUUAAUCAUACUUGGUUGUAUAAGACCUUAUCUCCUCGGUUCUUUUUGAAAAGCGAGUAUAAUGGCUUGGCUAGUGUGUUCUCAGAUAAGUACGUGCAGGAACACUUUCGUCCUGUGGCCGAAAGUACUUUGAAUGUAGAAGAGUUGCCUCGAUUGCGUUUACACCCGAAGAAAGACACGUUUAGAUCUACAUGUAACGAACGGGUAACAGGCCAGGACGUUUGGGGGAAAGAAAGGUUUCGGCAAAAAGCCAUUACGAGUGUCUUAUCUUGGGAAAUCAAAAACAAGGCAAGCCAGCAAAAAAACGAACAGUCAACGCCCCCACGGAUAAGUAUGCCCAAUACAAUUGUUAGUAUUCAAGAAGGUUUAGAAAGGAUUGCUCAAAUUGCUGAUAUUUAUCACUCACAAGAUAAAUCUAAUCAAAAACCUCUUUAUAUUUUACAAUUAGAUAUCAAAAACUGUUUUGACUCGAUUAAACAUGACGUUUUAGAAGAUAAGAAAAUACCCGAGCGAAUUUUAGAGAAGAAGGAGUAUACGAUUAAUACUUGGCGCUUGCGUGAUUUAGAAGGAAACAUAAAGACUCGGAAAGAGAUUCAAGGACCUAAAACAUCACGACUGAGUGAUCCUAGUCCAACUAAGUGCAGUUCAGUUAAGUACAAGCCAGGUAUUAGGUUUAAAGAGUUGCAGGCCCAUGAUGUUUUAACGGAAAGUUGUAUUGUGCCUACUUUACGUGAUGCAAUUCAAGAGAGAUAUAUCGCAUACAAAGACCAAGUUUAUCAGCGGAUUAAAGGUCUAUCACAAGGCCAUGCGUUUUCUUCACAUUUAUGUAUGUACUAUAUUGCCUGUCUGGAGAAUCAAGUUUAUGCCGGCUUGGAACAAACUAGAGCAAUAACUUAUGUUGAUGAUACACUUGUACUUUCUUGGAGUUUAGAUGAGAUUAGUACUUUAAUUGAGCGACUUUUAGAUACCCAAUCUACUUUUGGGUUAGAGCUUAAUUUAAGCAAGUGUUCUCUUAUCUGUACGGAUGGUAGUAGUGAAAGUAUGCCUAAACAAGUGAUUGCCGGUUUAUCUCUUACUACGGCCGAUAGUUUUAAAUGGUGUGGUGUUUCUUUUGAUACGGCUAGUCUUAGUCCGGUUUUACGUCCGAGUUUAGCUAAGUAUCGUACAGCGACAAAGACUUCUGGUCGGGCAUUGUUUACUUUUGUUAAGUACCAUAUCAAACGAGCCAACUAUCAUGGGUACUUUAGACGAGCCAAUCAGUUCCGCCUAAUCAAUACUAAACAACAGAUUAAGCUGGCAGUUAGUUGUUUACUAGGAGCCACUCGUUCUGAUUUAAAUCCCCUAGCCUUCCAAGCAGCUACUGACAAAGUCCUACAACUACUCUAUACCAUCAACGCCAGUCGGUAUCUUCUACUACCCAAGCACAUCCAGCUCUACUUCAACCACCAAAUACUUAAACGUGCUCCUUACUAUCCCAAGAUUCAGCACCUCAUUCGCACCAUCACCACCACACCACCAUCUGAGCACUAG